CAGACUUUUCCAAAAGAAAAAGUUUGUUUUGGUGGGUGAAGGUGUAAUUUGCCCUUUGGCAUUGGGCCUCCCUGCAAGUAAAAAGCAAAACGCAUACACAGCGCCUCUACCCCGACUCUCCGAACCAACGAAGAAACUCAGCAACCAUGCCGACAGACUAUGUGCAGGAGCAAGAGAUGGAAAUUGAAGCAUUAGAAGCCAUACUUAUGGAUGAGUUUAAAGAAAUUCACUCUAGUGAAAGUGGACUAAACACUUCUAAUCGGUGCUUCCAAAUAACAAUAUGUCCACAGGAUGAUGACGCAGACGAAUCAACUGCCACUCCAGUUUGCUUGGCUUUAAUUUUCUCACAUACCGAAAAUUAUCCAGAUGAACCACCACUUCUGAAUGUGCAAAGUUUAAAAGGAAUUCAAGGAGCAGAUCUUAAGAUUUUGAAAGAAAAGCUUGAGCAAGAGGCAUCUGAAAACCUUGGUAUGGCUAUGGUCUAUACACUAGUUUCAUCUGCUAAGGAGUGGCUGUGUGAAAAAUUUGCACAAGAUGCUGGUAUGGAGAACAAUGAAGAUGAAGAGACAGCAAAAGAUGAUAUAAUUAUACCCCAUGGAGAACCAGUUACUGUUGAUACAUUUCUUGCAUGGAGAGAAAGGUUUGAAGCAGAGUUAGCGCUAGAAAGAGCCAAGCUAAUGCCCGAGUCAGCACUAUCUGCACCCAAGGAAAAGAGGCUCACAGGCAGACAGUAUUUUGAAAGCGGAAGAGCUAGUCUGAAAGGUGCCACACAAAUUGCUGAAGGAUCUGAUGUGGAAGAUGAGGAAGAUAUCGAUUUUGACGACGAAGACUUUGAAGGUGAUUCUCACUUCCCACUGUGCCCAUAAAUUUGAGUGUGUUAGUGGGUGGAUAGGUUUCAUGCUUUUUUGCACCUACAU